AUGGCGGACCAAAACGACGUUGAUCUCGACUCCAUCAUCGACAGACUGCUGGAGGUCAGAGGAAGCCGCCCCGGCAAACAGGUCCAGCUUUUGGAGGCAGAGAUCCGUUAUCUGUGCACCAAAGCUCGUGAGAUCUUCAUCUCCCAACCUAUUCUACUAGAGCUGGAAGCUCCCAUCAAGAUCUGCGGUGACAUUCACGGCCAAUACUAUGAUCUCCUCCGCUUGUUUGAGUACGGCGGCUUUCCUCCCGAGGCAAAUUACCUCUUCCUUGGUGAUUACGUCGACAGAGGCAAGCAAUCCCUCGAGACCAUCUGCCUGCUCCUAGCCUACAAGAUCAAAUAUCCUGAAAACUUCUUCAUCUUGCGCGGCAACCACGAAUGCGCCUCCAUCAACCGCAUCUAUGGCUUCUACGACGAAUGCAAGAGACGGUACAACAUCAAGCUGUGGAAGACGUUCACUGAUUGCUUCAACUGCUUGCCUAUUGCAGCAAUCAUUGACGAGAAGAUUUUCACAAUGCACGGUGGUUUGAGUCCCGACCUGAACUCCAUGGAGCAGAUCCGCCGUGUCAUGCGCCCAACGGAUAUCCCCGACUGUGGUCUCCUCUGCGAUCUUCUCUGGUCUGAUCCAGAUAAAGAUAUCACCGGUUGGAGUGAAAACGACCGUGGUGUAUCUUUCACCUUUGGACCCGAUGUCGUCUCUCGAUUCCUACAAAAGCAUGAUAUGGAUUUGAUAUGCCGAGCUCAUCAAGUUGUCGAAGACGGUUACGAGUUCUUCUCAAAGCGGCAGUUGGUUACGCUGUUCAGUGCGCCUAACUACUGUGGAGAGUUUGACAACGCAGGUGCGAUGAUGAGCGUGGAUGAGAGUCUAUUAUGUUCAUUCCAGAUCCUGAAACCAGCGGAGAAGAAACCAAAGUACGUUUACGGUGGCCUUGGUGCCAGCAGGCCCGUCACUCCUCCGAGGAAGCAGAAUAAAAAGUAG